AGGGAGGACAUUACAUUGUAUUAACAUUAUAUUGUGAGGAAGCGUUGGACUUUUGAUUUUGAUUUGAUAUUCGGAGAAUUUGAGUUUGGUGGCAAGACUGGAGCAUGUUUCCGCCGGCAGAGUAGAGAGAUAGCGCACUGACCAGCCUGGACUUUCUGUCCCUUCCAGUGCAGGAUCCAUGAUUCACUCAUUAUGUCGACAACACGGAUUUUUGCGCUCUUGUUCACGAUGCUUCUUCAGAAUGGACUGAAUGUCAGGCCCCAGAAAGUUAUAGCGGAGUGUGACCCCGAUAAAGGAGUCUGUGAUUGGUGGAUUCGUCCACUCGCUGUUAACCAAUCAAUUGAGACGUGGUCGAACGCAAGCAGCGUUGGCUUGAAAGUUCCCAAUCAAGCCCAGGAGCCUUUCUGGGAUUCACAAAACUCAGAUGGGAGAUUUUUCCUUCUGAUCAGCAAAUCGGGCACGGAGGGUGUGGCUAGUAUGACAGCAAAGAUUACAACGACGGUCACAGGCAUUCAAAGGUACUGCAUCCAGUUUCACUACUGGUUGUACGGGGUUAGAGACCCUGGGCCUCGUGCUGCACCGAGUCUGACAGUCAGGGUAUCAGAAACUGGCGGCAUGCACAAGAUAUGGUAUGACAAAUGGAACAGGGGACGAGACUGGUUGUUUACAGAGGCAGAAUGGAUGUCCGCCGCAACUGAAUUCAAUGUGACCAUUGAUGGCCGGCGUGGCAAACAAGGAGCCGUUGCCGUCGACAACAUUCGCCUCAUAGAGGGUAAAUGCCCUGGCCCAGCCGAAGGGAUUCGAAAAGCCACCUUAGGGGAAGAUGUCACAGUACAAUACAAUCAUGUUAGUUAUACAGUCAGCCUUAACUUCUCUUCUCCGUCAACCGGUUGCGAGGCUAUAUGCAAGAGAAGGCGCAUGGACGUUGCCACGCUCAGCCACGCGAGGACAAUGUUCAAGAGCAGCGCAAAUUACGCUCCGAACUGUUACGACAUGGCUGAAAAAUGCAAGGAAGAGGCCCCCGAUGGGGGAUGCGAUGGGUCGAGGUACAAGGAUUGGACCAGGCAACAGAUCGGAAACAACUGCUCAAUUUCUUGCGAACAUUGCGAAUCAAAGAUCUUUAGAUAUGAUACAUGUGGAUGGAAUGUCUACAGGCUGUGCAUCUUUUAUUCGGAAGCAGGGGAAUGUAACAAAAACCCUGAAUGGAAUUUAAAGUUUUGUCCAAGAUCAUGUGACUCAUGUGGUUUCCUCGGAACAUCCAACAGAAUAUUUACAUCAAGUUUUUGGAUGAAGGAGGACAAUGCUAUCACUGGACUGAAGGAAAUGGCGUGGGAGGGCUUGGAUGCUGCUUUGACGGGCCUAUGCCCCGCCUACAACAUUCACCUUGGCUUUAUCAGGCAGCCCUGUAAUGCACUCAUUCCCUGCUUAUGUGCGGACUAUGAAGUGCCUGUAUACACUGAUGUUAUUUCGGAAGUUUCAAUUGACAAGAAACCCACAAUAGAAAACACAUCAGACGCAGCUUGUGAGGCUACUGAUGGACGUCAACAGGUCAAGGUCAUCAACCUCGAUCUGGGAAAGGAACAUCAUGUGACAUCGGUGAUGGUCUCAAUUGAAAAAGAGAAGACAACACCUGUUGGUUACUUUGGCCCCCUUGCGGAACCGCCCACAUCACCCCUUGCGCGGGAUCCAUAUUUCAGCGUUGCAGUCGGCCGACCGUCCUAUGUGAGUUCGCUCAUACCGGACGACUGGGAAGGCCCAGCACCAGUUGCGAACGACGGUAGUCGGGACAACUUGCAUGAAAAAAAGGUCCCGCAGUGCACCUAUACGGCAACGGGUGCGACGAAGGGGGUGCAUUGGUGGUAUGUCGACCUUCAAGGUCUAUACGAGGUACAUGCGGUGACGGUCACUAGGCGCUACGCCACCGAAGACUCAGAUUUCACUGAUUUCCGAAUCGUGGUUAGCAACUCUUCGCUAGUAGGCAAAAACAUGACUGAAUACUUCCAGAAAUCUCCGGGCCUUUGCCAUAAUGGGACAGUCAUUCCAGUGAAGACCCCGACCUUGACAUUUCAAUGUGAACAGGAGAUAAUUGGGCGUUACGUUGUGAUUAUGAAAUCCCAACUUGAUAAAGGUAUUGCUCUUGUCGUGUGCGAGAUGGAGGUGCAUGGUCAGCCGGUCAGUAGAUCCCAAGAUGCAGUUCUUGGACUCCCAUUCUGUCCCGAUGAUGCAGCCCGUCUAAUCGGAGGCAACUGCUACAAGUCCAUCGGCCGUGCCGAGUCGUACGUCCAGCAGGUUGUCAACUGCCGGCGCUGGGACCCGCCCUUCUCGCAUAUUGUGCCCUUUGAGGAUCUAAGUCAAGUCGAAAAGGACGCAUUGCGGGUGUGGCUGUUUAACCGUUUUAUUUUUGGAAAGGUCUGGACAAAAAGCCACAGUAGUGACGGAGUUCAAUGCAACCAGCUAGAUAUUCAGUUCAAGACAUACACUAUUGUCCUAACUCCCUGCAUAAGAAUGCUUGGCGCACUAUGUCGGAGCAAGGCACGAAAUGUCUACCCAACUCCAUUGGUCGGACUACCUGUUCCCGAAUCAGGGCCCAACCUGGAGGUCACAUACGACAAGGUCACGUUCCCGAAGGUCAAGGUCACGGAGGACUCCUUCCUCCUUCUAUGGGAGAUGUCCUUAGCAACGAUGAUAAAAAGCACCACCAACAUAUCCCUUCUAGUUCUUCAGGAGGACAACAAUAACGCCACCGAGUUAACUCGACUACAGCUGAAACCAUUCAUUAAGCCGGGGAUAAAUUUCGGUGGCUUCUAUCUCAAUAAGAAUGAGUAUUUAAAACUCCCCAAAGGAAGUUACGUUGGCUUGGAGGCGGCGGGGGAAAACCUGACUGACCUGUUGCCCAUUCCGAAGGUGCCGGGUAAUGCUGCGACGGCCACGGAGGUGGAUUAUUAUGAUGGCGAAGAGUAUCAAGGCAGCGUGAAAGUUAAUUUUCCGUUCAGGAUUUGGGUUCUGCCGGAGACGCUGGGUCGCAUACCACAACGUUGCCAAACUACCCGAGGGGCUGAUCCGAAAUUUAACCCAAACAAUUAUGGAGAAUACCGAAAGUCUGUUUUGAGGAAAACUGACAUUGUGACAGUUGCUGGUGUCCACGCUAAGCAGUAUCCUUGCCACGACCGUUGUGUCAAUGACGAUCUCUGCAACUUGGGUAUCGAGUACCAACAUUGCUAUCACUUGACUGGAAAAGAGGUAAUGGUUGGCUGGUGGAGCCUGAAUGGCGCAUUUAGGAAGACUUGUGACCCAUAUUAUGAUCCUGAUAUAUAUCCGGUGGCGCAUUCUCUCAAGUCGGCCAUUACUGUGAAAACCGGAAGUGUGGACUGCACCCGCGUGACGUCAUCCUUGAAUAGAGAUGGCAAACUGUUGUUUUAUUGCGAUAGCAAGGCGUCUUCUCUUCAAAUAUCUGUCGAGAAGGCCGAGGCAAAGAUUUGCAAAAUAUGGGCAUUCGGAGAAAUAGUUACCAAAUAUCCAUCCACUGAUUUGAUUCCAAAGACGUCCACGAUGGUGCGCGGAAACAUUUGGCCCCCUGGUGGCAACACCAACUGCGCCCCGAUUGGAUUCAGCCGAGCCGAGAUGCAGUGGCUCCAAGUGGAUCUGUUAGUGACCUACAACGGAGUGACAGCCAAAGCGUACUACAGAGAUGUACCAGGGACGAUGGCCGUAUCCCCCAAGUUCCACCUGUUUGUGACUCCAACAUCGGACUGGAGUGCAGCCGACCCAUAUUACGUGGGACUGAUGGGCAAGGUCGACCGGAUUAUUUCCUUUCCAUGUUCAGAGUGCCACAGUGGUCGGUUUGUCACAUUAAAGGAGGUCGGGAAUGCCAAGGGGAUUGAGCUGUGUCAGUUUGACGUUUAUGGUGACCGUGGUCGUGAACGUCGUUUAGGGAUGGCAAGCGGCUAUAUCGUGGAUAAGCAAAUAACGGCAAACCAUCACAUCAAGGGAGGGGAGCCGCACAGAGCCCGCCUCAACGGCGUGGGUGCUUGGUGUACCCCGUUUGAUGACUUCGACAAGCCUUACUUACAGGUUUCACUGACUGAAAUUUCUGUAAUUAGUGCCAUAGAAACGCAGGCAGGGAACGGCAAAGAUGGCGUCACUGGGUAUACUAUAAAAUAUGGAAUGAGGGAACUGGACCUAAAAUGGUACACCGACAUACUUGGAACAGUUAAGGUGUUUUUCACAGAGAAUAUCGGCAGGGACAGUACAGUACAUCGCCUUGUGACGCCAUUCCAAUGCAAGGUCAUCAGAAUACAGGUGGAAAAAUUUCUCAACGCGGCUUGUCUCAGGCUCGAGCUCCUUGGCUAUCAAAAAGACGUGCCAGUUGACACGGAAUACAAGAUCACACAACCAAUGACCUUCACGAGUCCAGGCAGCCCGAACUUUUACGGAAACGACCGAACGAUCACUUGGACAAUUACACCUCCGAUAGGGAAGUUUGUCAGGUUGAUCAACAUGACGUUGAACGUUGCGCCUAAUGUUGCAGCAGAAAUGAAAAUCGAAGACUGGAAGUUACAAUCGGUCAAGGUCUGCCAAGACGAAUACAUCCUCUACCGGAAUGACUCGGCACCGAUUAUUACAGAUGCUGGCUACUAUGUCCAUGAUGUCUCUGAACCCCUUCAGUUGAAGCUACAUGCCUGCAUGGCCACCGCCUACCGCUCAAUGGGCUAUCUUGAAGCAAGGGUUGACUUCGUCGAUUGUCCAGGCUAUGCCUUUAAUGCCAGGUCAUGUGACCGAACAUUUGGCCCAAUCACAACUCACUGUGGAUACAUCGGCUCACCUAGAUUCCCCGCGGCGUAUCCGGACACAAAAACUUGCAGGUGGUUUAUAAAAACGAAACCAGCGAACUACAUCAGUGUGGAGUUCGAAAAUUUUGACAUUACUGGUGACGGAAUGACAUGCACUGGGGAUAAACUAUCUUUCGUAUAUGUGGACAAUGGCAAAAAGGUUAUAUUAAGUCACCACUGCAAUGGUUACCGGGAGGCACAAACUAGGUCGGACUGGAACACCCUGCUGCUUGAAUACAAUCGGGUUCGGACACCAGUUGAGGCCGGCAAGGGAUUCAUCGCCAAGUUCACCAGCAUCGACCCAAUCAAGGAGCAAGUGUUAAACUAUACUGAAGGGCACUGUGAAGAUGGAUGGCUACGCUUCAUGUCCGGCUGCUACAAAUAUGUCAACAAUAACAACGUGACCUUGACCUGGACCCAGGCGGAGGAGAAGUGCAAAUCAUUAGCCGCCGAUUCGCACUUGACUAGUAUCGAAGAUGACUACCAACGUGACUUUAUUUUGCACAGUCUGUUCUUUAAGUGGCCGUUUAUUUCUGAAAAUAAAGAUAUUUAUAUUGGCCUGACCGACCAAGGGCAUGAAGGGAGGUUUAGUUGGACCGAUGGUUCACCUUUUUCUUACUCCAACUGGGACGAUGGCCAGCCCGAUGGGAGUGCCCUAGAGGGGUGCAGUCUACUGAAGAUUGAUAGCCUAAACAAUCGCCGUUACUGGAAUGAUAUCCCUUGCGCGAUUAAGAUGACAUCACAGUACAUUUGCAAGACACCAGCUAAAUCUGUCACUCAGUACUCAAUCACAGAUUUGAGUGGCGUAAUUGGCGCAUGGAAACAAUCUUGUGACCUUCAUCGCCAAUUCAAGUGCACAAACGGCAACUGCAUACAAAACUUCCUAGUCUGUAAUGCGCAUGACGACUGUGGUGACGGAAGUGACGAAAUCAGCUGUCAAACCAUCAAAGACGUCUGUCCUCUCAAUCGAUUCCGUUGUGAAAAUGGCAACUGUAUCUUGAUUUCGAAGUAUUGUGACCACGUGUUUGAUUGUGCUGGGGGCGAGGAUGAGGCUGGUUGUGUCUGGGUCGACUGCAACCCCGGAGAGUUCCGCUGCGCUAAUGGCCAAUGCAUCAAGAACACAACAUUGGCUAGGAACUUCGUCAAAGACUGUGUCGAUGGAUCUGAUGAAAAUAUCAUAGGUUGUCCAGGGUUUCAGUGUUACAGUGGUGAAUGUAUCCCACAGAAACUACAUUGUGACGGCAUCGUAGACUGCAUGGGGAUCUACAAAGAGGAUGAGACGGGCUGUGCAGGGCUUAAUGAAAAGAAACGAGGAGAUGGGUACUUGAACUGCUCGAGCACCGGCCUGCCCUACAACGCCACCCAAAGAUGCAUCUAUGAUAAAGACAUGUUCGGCUAUUCCACGGCAUGCAGAGAUCAAUCGCACCUUCAGAGAUGUGAAGAUUUCCAGUGUCCGAAUGACCACAUGAAAUGUCCAGACCACUAUUGUAUCCCAGUAAAAAUGAUCUGCGAUGACGUCAUCGAUUGUCCCUCUGGUGAGGACGAAAGGAAGUGCAAUGACUACACUUGCCCCGGCAUGUUCAAGUGCAGUAACUCCAAGAAUUGUAUCCCACAGUCGGCUGUGUGUGAUGGUAUCAAGACCUGUCGGGAUGGAGAUGACGAGCUCAGCUGCUCACCCUGUCCGGCGGAGUGCGGAUGUGUCGGCGACUCCUACCAAUGCUCGGGAAAGGGCUCAGUGUCGCUUCCGAAGAUUCCCAGUGGAGCAAGGGAAAUAAACAUGUCUGGCAACACACUCACAUCCCUUUCCGAGACUUUCCACUUUCCAUUCCUUGCAAAGCUGGUUUUGAGCAGCAACAACAUUUCCCACAUCGCAGAGAACGUGUUUAGCAAACUAGUCAAUCUUUUCCAUUUGGAUUUAAGAUUUAAUAAGCUGCAAGUGAUUUCUUCAAACUUAUUCAAUGGAUUGGCAAGGCUGAAAGUUUUAAUGUUGACAGGAAAUCCCGCGGUAAAUGCAAUUGAAGGUAGUGCUUUUGUCGUAAACAAAGAUGGCGGCGGGAUGGCAGUGACCCGGAUGAACCUAUCCAAUAUGGCGAUCGAGGAACUUUACAACAUGUCACUGGCAGGUUUAGAAGAAGCAGUAACUCUCGACCUGGCGAAUAACAAGUUGCACACUAUCUCCACAAGCGCUUUCGCGAAAAAACCAAAGCUUCAAACUUUGAAUAUUUCUGGGAAUGAUGUGACGAAUUUCAAUGGCAGGGAAGCUUUCCAAUCGUUGCCAAAUUUGCAAAAUUUGAAAUCGGACCAUUUUCGGUUCUGUUGCCAAGCCCCACAGGUUGCAGAGGAGAAUUGUUUCCCCCAGAAAGACGCAUUUUCAUCUUGUACAGAUCUUGUCCGUCUGGAUGUGUUAAGAAUCUUUCUGUGGUUAUUGGGAAGCGUGGCAGUCCUUGGUAACAUUUUGGUACUUCUACUCCGUUUCCUGGCACGAGAACCUGUCACCGCGAACACCAGUAUCAUUAUAAGUCUGGCCCUUGCGGAUUUUCUGAUGGGGGUGUACCUUUUCAUCAUCGCCGGGGCAGACAUGGCGUUUAGAGGAUUCUACAUCGAAGUGGACGAGGCAUGGCGGACUGGCCCAGGGUGCGCGAUCGCAGGAUUUCUCUCAGUCCUCUCAAGUGAGGUAUCGGUCUUUACCCUCGCUAUCAUGUCCGUGGACAGAUUCCUCGUGGUCGUAUUCCCCUUCAGUAAGCAAAAAAUCAACCUCCGAAAGGCGAGAAUCCUCAUCGGCCUGUCCUGGCUCGUCGGCGCAAUCCUCGCGGGGAUCCCUCUUAUUCCGAACGACUAUUUUCAAGGGAAGUUCUACUCCAGGUCCGGUGUAUGUCUGUCUCUGCACCUCACGAGUGAUACAACUCCAGGCUGGGAGUACUCGGUCGCGGUGAACCUCGGUCUGAAUCUCGCUGCCUUCGUCAUCAUUGCCGUGACCUAUGGAUGGAUGUAUUUAGUCAUCAGGAGGUCUGCCGAGAUGAUGAAGGGCAAAGCAACCCGGAAGAAGGGAGAAAACCAGGAGAUGGCUAUUGCCCGAAAGAUGGCGCUGAUUAUUUUGACCGAUUUUGCCUGUUGGAUGCCGAUUAUCAUCUUAGGACUGGCCGCCAUGUCGGGAAAUGUAGUCAUUCCAGGUGAUGUCUACGCCUGGAUCGCUGUUUUCGUACUACCCAUCAACAGCGCCGCCAACCCUGUUUUAUACACACUAUCAUCUUUUGACACACUCAAGAAAAUCCUUUUCAAAAAGGACCCAAAAGCAGAAGCUAUGAGCAAAACAAGUAUGUCUUACGUCGACACCCAAGAUGAUGACGAUGAUUCGACCGUCAAGUUAGUGAACUGUUACCGAGACGGCAGCCAGUUGUUACCUUACGUGCCCGACAACCCUCAGAUGAAGACACUGGGCGUAACGCUCAAGGAAGGCGCCGAGAAUAUCACCUUAAAGGAUAUGGUCGUCGUCCUGAGAUAUUUGGGCAAGGCUAUGAUGGCACUGCAUUCCGGUGGCCUGACCGCUGUCAGUAUUACAGUGGAUGAUGUUGGUCUUUUCUUUGAAGAAAAGUGGAAGCCUGGCGGCAUGAUUCACUCCGCUUACCUCUGCUCAGGGGUGAAGCAGGCCUCAACUGAGAGAGACCUCAAGGAAAACAUUGAGGAGUAUGGCAGUCUGUGCAAGAAACUGCUCCGGCAUCAUGCGGCACACAAGAAGGGGACUUAAUCAAUGAAUUAAGCU